UCAUCGCUUCUCGCGCUGCCCACCGCGCAUGCGCAGCAUUGCGGUCCUCGCUUCCAUCAGUCUCAGGCUCGCGACUCCCAAAACAUCUGGGGAAGGAAGGAAGGGAGGAAGGGAAGGGAAGGGAAGGGCGGGGGAGGGGAGCGAUGUGCGCGAGGGCUCCCUUUGGCUGGGCCGGCUGCCUCUGAAGCCGUUACUACCCAGAAGCCCGCGCGGCGCUGGCCGUUCCGUCAUGGCGGAGGCAGCCGCGGCGCCCGCUGAGGCAGCCCCGCCGGACCCGGGCAGCUCAGCCUGAGCCGCCUCGCCCCACGGGCGCCCCUUCAGCAUGAGCGGAGACGGGGGAGGAGGAGGAGGAGGCUCCGGCUCAUCUUCUUCUUCGUCGUCGUCGUCGUCCUCGCCGUCUGCCCCCGGCCGCUUCGCCGACUAUUUCGUGAUCUGCGGGCUGGACACCGGGACCGGGCUGGAGCCGGACGAGCUCUCCGCAUUAUGCCAGUAUAUACAGGCCUCUAAAGCCCGAGAUGGUGGUGGCCGUUUCAUUUCAAGUACAGCAGAAGGUGAAAAUUUUGAACAAACUCCAUUGAAACGCACAUUCAAGUCCAAAGUUCUUGCUCAUUAUCCUGAAAAUGUUGAAUGGAAUCCUUUUGAUCAAGAUGCAGUGGGAAUGUUAUGUAUGCCUAAGGGUCUAUCUUUCAAGACACAAGCAGAUGCCAGAGAACCUCAGUUUCAUUCGUUCAUCAUUACUCGUGAAGAUGGGUCUCGGACUUUUGGAUUUUCGUUGACAUUUUAUGAGGAAGUUACCAGCAAACAAAUCUGUAGUGCAAUGCAGACAUUGUAUCACAUGCACAACGCGGAAUAUGAUAUUCUUCAUACUCCUCCUACAAAUCAUAAAGACAACUGUAGCACUAUAGAAGACUGUAAUGGAUCCUCCGUAUCAAAACUACAGCGAUUUAAUUCGUAUGACAUUAGUAGAGACACCCUCUAUGUUUCCAAGUGCAUUUGUCUGAUAACUCCAAUGUCUUUUAUGAAGGCAUGUAGGAAAGCUCUUGAGCAACUCCACCAAGCUGUAACAUCACCUCAACCACCACCAUUACCUUUGGAAAGCUUUAUUUACAACAUACUCUAUGAAGUUCCUCUUCCUCCAGCAGGGAGAUCUCUAAAAUUUUCAGGAGUUUAUGGGCCAAUUAUAUGCCAGAGGCCAAGCACCAACGAACUGCCAUUAUUUGACUUUCCAGUUAAAGAAGUCUUUGAGCUACUUGGAGUAGAGAAUAUGAUCCAACUCUUUACCUGUGCCCUCCUGGAAUUUCAGAUACUGCUUUAUUCACAGCAUUACCAGAGACUGAUGACUGUGGCUGAGACAAUCACAGCACUGAUGUUUCCAUUCCAGUGGCAGCAUGUGUAUGUUCCCAUCCUUCCAGCCUCUCUUCUGCAUUUUCUAGAUGCUCCUGUCCCUUAUUUGAUGGGUUUGCACUCCAAUGGACUAGAUGACAGGUCUAAGUUAGAGCUCCCUCAAGAGGCAAAUUUGUGCUUUGUUGAUAUAGACAACCACUAUGUUGAGUUACCAGAAGAUUUGCCACAGUUUCCAAAUAAACUUGAAUUCAUCCAGGAGGUCUCUGAGGUCCUUAUGGGUUUUGGGAUUUCACCUGAGGGAAACUUACAUUGCAGUGAAAUUGCCUCCAAAAUGAAGAACCUCAGGACAUGUGACAUAGUCUCUGAUAAGAGGAAUGGGAAUAUAGGAGGAACAACUUUAAAUUCUUAUGAAUUAUUGAAAGAAAAUGAAACCAUUGCAAGACUUCAAGCACUUGUGAAAAGGACAGGAGUGAGUCUAGAAAAGGUUGAAGUUCGAGAGGAGAUAGGUGUCAAAAAGAAUAUCAAAGUACAAUGUGAUGAAGAAGAGUUCAAAGUGUACCAGCUCAAUAUUCAAAUACGAGAAGUUUUUGCUAAUCGCUUCACACAGAUGUUUGCAGAUUAUGAAGUAUUUGUUAUUCAGCCCAGCCAAGACAAAGAGUCGUGGUUUACCAAUAGAGAGCAGAUGCAGAACUUUGAUAAAGCGUCAUUCUUGUCUGAUCAGCCUGAACCUUAUUUGCCUUUCCUCUCAAGAUUUUUGGAGACACAGAUGUUUGCUUCUUUUAUUGACAACAAGAUUAUGUGUCAUGAUGAUGACGAUAAAGACCCUGUUCUGAGAGUGUUUGAUUCCAGAGUGGAUAAAAUUAGAUUGUUAAAUGUUCGAACACCAACUCUGCGCACAUCCAUGUAUCAAAAAUGCACUACCAUUGACGAAGCUGAGAAAGCCAUUGAGUUAAGGCUGGCAAAAAUAGAUCAUACUGCAAUCCAUCCUCACUUGCUAGAUAUGAAGAUUGGACAAGGAAAAUAUGAACCUGGAUUUUUCCCCAAGCUUCAGUCUGAUGUACUUUCUACAGGGCCAACAAGCAAUAAAUGGACCAAACGAAAUGCACCUGCACAAUGGAGGCGGAAAGAUAGACAGAAACAGCACACAGAGCAUCUUCGUCUUGACAAUGAUCAGAGAGAGCAAUGGGAUUUCCCUUUGACAGAGCUUCAGUUACAAUUAUGUUUAGUCUUGGACCAGCAUGAAUGGCCUUUCAGGCACUCUGUUAAAUCUGUUUCAGAGCGUUAUCUGAAGUAUAUUCAAGAAGCUCGGAAUCUGGGCAGCAGUAUCCGUCAGCCCAAAUUGUCAAAUCUCUCACCUUCAGUAAUCGCUCAGACCAACUGGAAGUUUGUUGAAGGUUUGCUGAAGGAAUGUCGAAAUAAGACAAAGAGGAUGUUAGUGGAAAAAAUGGGCCGUGAAGCAGUGGAACUUGGUCAUGGGGAAGUGAAUAUUACCGGUGUAGAAGAAAAUACAUUGAUAGCAAGCCUUUGUGAUCUCUUAGAAAGGAUAUGGAGUCAUGGUCUGCAGGUGAAGCAGGAUAGAAGCUGUACUACUUUCAUCCUAGAAGAUAGAGCAUCCAUAUACUCUGCUACAACUCAGAUUUGGGCCUUUCAGACCAGCAAGCGGCCAACCCUACAUAAGGGGAAAUCUGCUUUGUGGUCACAUUUGUUACAUUACCAAGAAAACAGACAGCGGAAGCCUACAUCCGGAAGCUUCAGCACCUCAGGAAUUCUUCUAGAUACAGAACGAAGGAAAUCAGAUACCAGCCCAGCAAUGUCCCCCUUAAGAGUAUCUCUCAUCCAAGACAUGAGACAUAUCCAGAAUAUUAGUGAAAUCAAAACAGAUGUUGGUAAGGCUAGAGCUUGGGUCCGGCUCUCCAUGGAGAAGAAAUUACUUUCUAGGCACUUAAAACACCUUCUGUCUGAUCAUGAACUAACAAAAAAACUCUACAAACGCUAUGCUUUCCUUCGGUGUGAUGAUGAGAAAGAACAGUUUCUUUAUCAUCUGCUCUCCUUCAAUGCAGUUGAUUACUUUUGUUUUACUAAUGUUUUUACAACAAUCUUAAUCCCGUAUCAUAUAUUGAUCGCUCCUAGCAAAAAACUCGGUGGCUCAAUGUUCACUGCCAAUCCUUGGAUAUGCAUUUCAGGAGAGCUUGGUGAAACAGGAGUCCUGCAGGUUCCAAGAAAUACAUUGGAGAUGACUUUUGAGUGUCAGAACCUGGGAAAGCUUACCACUGUACAAAUAGGACAUGAUAAUUCUGGAUUAUAUGCCAAAUGGCUAGUGGAAUAUGUUAUGGUUAGAAAUGAAGUCACAGGUCACACUUACAAGUUUCCAUGUGGUAGGUGGCUUGGGAAGGGGAUGGAUGAUGGCAGUUUAGAGAGGAUCCUGGUGGGAGAACUGCUGACAUCACAUACAGAAGUGGAUGAAAGGCAGUGCAGAACACCUCCUUUGCAACAGUCCCCAAGUAUGAUCAGAAGAUUUGUUACAAUAUCACCAAACAACAAACCAAAGUUAAACACAGGUCAGAUACAAGAAUCGAUUGGUGAAGCAGUAAAUGGAAUUGUCAAACACUUCCACAAGCCAGAGAAAGAGAGAGGCAGCCUGACACUUUUGCUUUGUGGAGAAGGUGGCCUUGUUUCAGCUCUUGAACAGGUGUUUCAACAUGGAUUUAAAUCUCCUCGGCUCUUCAAAAAUGUCUUUAUUUGGGACUUUCUAGAAAAAGCACAAGGCUAUUAUGAAGCUCUAGAUCAGAGUGAACUGGUCCCAGAAGAAAACUGGCAGAAAAGAGCCAGGAUUUUUUGCCGCUUUGUCACAGCCAUCAAUAACACUUCAAGAAACAUUGGGAAAGAUGGCAAGUUUCAGAUGUUGGUGUGCCUUGGAGCCAGAGACCACCUUUUGCAUCAUUGGAUUGCCUUGCUUGCAGAUUGCCCCAUCACGGCUCAGAUGUAUGAGGACACAGCACUAAUAAAGGAUCAUACUCUAGUGAAUUCUUUGAUCCGUGUGCUUCAGACUUUGCAGGAAUUCAACAUCACACUGGAGGCAUCCCUUGUUAAAGGAAUUGGCAUCUGAUUUACAAGCACUGUGUUAAAAAAAGCAACAAGAAACAUACUAUUAUUAGUAUGCAAAAAUUCUUAUAAUGUAUUGCAUCCAAACAUUCACGUCAUUCGACACAACGUCUGGGGGUAAAAUAGCUUCAAAUAGAGUGCAAAAAUAUGAAUUGAAGCUGUACAUCCAAUGUAUAAAAAGAAAAGAAAUGUUAAUUAUAAAUUACUUUUAGAAUUUAUUUGCUGAUUUGCUUCUACACACUUUCAUGUGAAAGAGUUAGAUAAUGAGUAUUGUGCAGCUUAUUUUAAAGCUGCAAAUUUUCUUUACCAUAGAAAAUGGUGCAGUGAGCUCUCGACAUUCUCCGAACCUGCCUUCCAACUGUAUCUUGCAAAGUGUCAUUAACACAUUCCAUUUAUACUAAAGAUCAUUAAGCAAUUUAGAAACUAAUAUUUAUUAUAUAGUUUCAUUGUCAUCAGUGGCGUUUCCAUUUUGGGUCACUGCUGCACUGCAAGAAAACUAAAAGUUUAAAUAUUGUUUUUAAUAGCCUCAAAGCACUGAAUUUGUUAGCAAAUCUUUUUUCUUUUAUUUUUGUUGUCAGUAUUAUUUUUUUCAGGUUUUUGGAAGAGUGAACCAUGCAGAUCUUCAGAGAUCAGUAAUAUUUUUUCAUAUGGGUACGAAAUUGCACAGAGAAAAAUAUACAUGUGUUUUUAAACUAGCAUUUAUUUAUUUAACUUUUAAUCAUGCUGUAUUGUCUUUGUCUUAAAAAUGAAUGGGAGGGGAAGAAUCCUAUAUAUUUAACAGGCUCUGUUACAUGUCUAUUGUAUUUUCAGGUCAGGAUCUAAUUAUAGUACAGUCCCCUGAAAUAAAAAAGCCCACAAUAUGUCUCAAUGUGGAUCUGCCUUUAACUCAAUGUAUUUAUGUUACAGUCCCCCAGACUUAUGAUUAUCAUUCUAAACUAUGUUAUGCACUAUGUGAUAGCUAAGAAUCUGAACCAAGAAUUGUUGGAACUGUAUACACAUACAAAGGAAUGGGCAUAACAGUUUCACAAAACUAUGAAAGAUCUUACAAUACUUGGCACAAUUUUAUAACAGCAUGAUAAGCACUCAAGCUGCUGCAAAUAUUUAGAGUUGAGUAUGAGAAAAGUCAGUUUUACUGUGACUUACUUAUGCUGCUAUUCAACUUAAUGCCGCAUCAGAUUUUCCUGCCCUCCUCUUGGUAACCCCACUUCCUAGGCAGAGCACAUAUUAGAAUUUCUUUGGAAAAGCUGAGACUUAAUGUGCUAAUUUUCAUAUUUUGUCAAGGACUAGAUGCCUGUGAACAUUGUGUACAAAUAUUAACUCAUCCUCAAAAUGUUCAGAGUUUGUGGGCUUUUUGAAUAGUAAAUUCCAACUGGAGCAAUCUAGUGAAUGCCUAGGUCAACUGUUCCUGUUAGAAUUCUCAACUAAAAAUCUAGAUGAUUCAGACUUAGUUGGGAAAACACUAAGAUACACCAUACAGGGCUUUCAACCUCUGUGUUAAGAGGCAUUCACUGUAUAGAAGCUAUUUUAGACAUUAGGUUCUAACAGAAGGAGCAGUGAAAAGGUUUUCAAUUGUCCUUCUCCUCACCAAGUAGCAUUAUUCUUUAUUUCCUACAUCUUGUGGUAAUUUUUAUUCUAUUAACUUAAAAAUAUAGCACAUGUAUUAAAUUUUACUAUUUUUA